AUGGCAGACAACACCAGAAUGAAGGGUUUGGAGGCCGACAUCAAGAAGCUGUUCCAGAUGAUGGAGGAAAACAGAUCUGAGCGUGCUCGAUUGAAGGAAGCAACAGAUCUGAAAUUCGAGUCUCUCCAAGCCUCCAUUUUCCAAAUCGCUAAUGAGUCUUCUCAGGCUCGCUCGGUUGUCUUGGGUUCUCACCAUGGCGCGAACUCCGGAGGGGAUCAUUCUUGGCGCGGAGCUGCGCAAUCCAGGAAGGUAAACUGCGACUUGGCCAAAUUUGACGGAUCUGAUGCCUUAGCUUGGAUUUUUUCUGUUGAUCAAUAUUUUGAGUUCUUUCGGGUUCCCGAAGAGGAACAAGUGGGUCUAGCUGCAAUGCACAUGUCAGGUAUGGCAAUUCCCUGGUUUCAGAUGACGCAACGUACAUCCCCCUUUCGUUCUUGGACCCAAUUGAAGAGAUCAAUUGAAAUUGAGUUUGGUCCUUCACUGUUUGAAUCGCCGAAAGAACUUCUUUUCAAACUCCAACAACAAGGGACGAUUUCCGAUUAUUAUGCAGAAUUUGUGGCAUUAGCUAACCGAUCCCACAUUGAUCCCCUGGAUGCCUUGAGGGAUUGUUUCAUUAGCGGGUUACAGCAGGAUAUUAGGCGUGAGGUCAAGGCGCAAUGCCCGCCUUCCUUGAUGAGGGCCGUGAGCUUGGCCCGUUUAUACGAGGAUAAGUUCUCACCCAACCCGACUAUCACUACGGCGCCGGCCUCGUUCCGCGCUGUUAACCCUCCGACAUUGGCUCUAACUCAACCUAAGCCUUCUCUAUGUACAGGCUCUCCUCCAUUACUACCAGCGCCAUCACCACGAUCCUUCACUUCUUCUCUACGGAAUCUGAUUCGCAGGUUAUCCUCAGCUAAAAUUCAGGCUAAGAGGGCCAAAGACGAAGCCCCUGAUGGGGAACAACAAGCUGCAAUUGAAGAGGAAGUAGAUCCCUUCCUUCAGACCCUGGAGCAACAAGUAACUGACCAUCAUCUAUCCUACAAUGCCAUGCAUGGAUUGGAGGUUCAAGCUCUAUUGGAUGGAGGCAGCUCUGAUAGUUUCCUCCAGCCUCGAAUAGCCAAAUUCUUGAACAUUCCAGUGCAGCCUGCCCCUGGUGUGAGGGUGAUAGUGGAAAAUUUUGGCAUCAUGGAUGUUGAAGGUUAUAUCCCUUCUCUGGAGGUCACAAUGAGUGAGUGCAAAGUCACUAUUCCACACGUCUUUGUGCUGCAUGUGGCUGGAGGUGACUUGUUUGUGACGGUGCAUGGUGAGAAGAACCCCACCCCGGAGCAAGCUCAAUAUCACCACAUUCGACGUCUUCUCAACACUGAUGUAAUUGAGGAAGCCUUCACAGUGGAAGUUCAGCAACCUGCACAAAAUACAGCCACUCUCCUGCCAUUUUCUCCUACCAUGGGGCCUGCUUUUGCUGAACUCCUCGAGAAGUAUCAAAUAGUGUUUCAGCAACCUACAGGGCUUCCCCCACAAAGAUUGCAUGAUCACUCUAUUCCCUUGGUAGAGGGGGAAGCACCAAUUCGAGUUAGACCGUACCGAUACCCUCACCACCAUAAGACUCAAAUUGAGUGCAUGAUUCAAGAGAUGCUUAAGGAUGGCAUCAUUCAGCCUAGCCUCAAGGAUCGCUUUCCCAUUCCCACAGUGGAUGAACUUUUGGAUGAGUUAUUUGGAGCAAAAAUUUUUUCAAAGUUGGAUCUCAGAUCAGGUUAUCACAAGAUUUUGGUAAAGCCGGAGGAUAGAUACAAGACCGCAUUCCGCACACACCAAGGACAUUACGAAUGGCUAGUAAUGCCAUUUGGAUUAACAAAUGCACCAGCCACCUUCCAACAUCUUAUGAAUGAUAUCUUUCAGCCAUUCUUGAGAAAGUUUUUCCUUGUCUUCUUCGAUGACAUAUUGAUCUACAGCCCUUCCACUUCUCAGCAUUUAGCACAUUUGGAGAUCGUGUUACAAACAUUACAGAAGGAAUCCUUAUUUGCCAAGAUGUCAAAAUGCUUGUUUUCUGUGUCUGAAAUUGACUAUCUGGGCCACACCAUCACGGAGAAAGGUGUGCACAUGGAAAAGGAUAAAAUUCAAGCCGUAAUAGCUUGGCCAACACCUGAGAACCUCAAACAACUUCGGGGAUUUUUGGGGUUGACAGGUUACUAUCGACGCUUCAUCAAAGGCUAUGCUUCUCUUGCAUCUCCUCUCACAGAUUUAUUAAAGAGAGAUGCCUUCCAGUGGAGCUCAGUUGCCGUGCAUGUCUUUGAGUCAUUGAAGAAGGCAAUUACUUCAGAAUCAAUUUUAGCUCUUCCCAACUUCGAUCAACCUUUUAUAGUGGAAACUGAUGCUUCUAGUACGGGAAUUGGAGCGGUUCUUUUGCAAGAUAAACACCCCAUUACCUUCUUUUCUAAGAAAUUAUCUACUAACAAACAGCACAAGUCAGCCUAUGCCCGGGAAUUCUAUGCAGUGACUGAAGCGGUAGCCAAGUUCCGCCAUUACUUAUUGGGGAAGAAAUUCAUUAUACGUACAGAUCAGUAG